GCCGCCGGCCCCAAAUGCCUGGUACUGUGCCGACCCCGGUGCCUUCACACCUAUCGCCAUGUAGACCCGUCCGGCCCUGUCGCCAAGAUCGAGCUGGAGCACUGGCUGCGAUGGAGGCGCAUCUCCUGCCCCCCAGUCGUUGUCUAUCACUGGCGCUUUGCUUUGCCUGACAGCACUUCGCCUCAGAGCAGACACCACCUUUGCGAUGCUACACGACAGGGGCACCACCAGCCGUGGCAGCUGCUGCAUGUUUCCCAACACAGACAAGGGCUUCGUGGUUGCUUUUAUGCCAAAAGAUCA